GAUAUUAUCCAAAACACUCACCCUACUCAACUUACGACCACAGUCUACCCAAGUCUUCCUAAUCGCUAAGCCUUAGCACAGAAGAGAUUCGAACCUGCGACAUAUCAAACACCCCAGAAAUAAUGGAAACACUACGCCUCAGUUGCCCAGGUUCGAUCCUCACCCACAGAAACCCUCAAAAUGGAGUCACAAAUUCAUACACAGCCAAUUCUCCCGCACAGAUUUCCAUCACAAACUCCUUUGCCGUAAAAAUCUGUGUCCCAAGCGCAAAAUUUUGCCGGAAUUCCUUCGCCUCCCGCAAUAUUUCCCCAGUUGGGAUUUUUUCCUCAAAAUCACGGUCAAAAAUCCGCAAAGCGAGUAUCGUAAAGGCCGGCCUGAUAGGCGAAAAUCCUGAAUGGUUCGAAUCUGAUUACAUUGUAGUCGGCCUCGCUCACUGCUUCACCACAAUCGAUGAAAAGCUUCACGACUAUUUCAUUAUAGAGCCGAUACCAGCCUCCGGCCUGGAAUGCAUGUACAAUGGCGGCGCUACCUCCUACAAAUACGUCGUGGGUUCGACUCUCGGUGUUGUGUUGAAGGAAGACGUGAAUUUAUUGCCUGAGGAGUUCAGGAUUGGGGUUUUUGCUGAGAAGUUUGAGCGGCGCGCCAAGGCGGCGUCGAGGACUUGGAAGAGGGAGUAUCCGCAGGGAAAUCUUAUGCAUUUGGCUCCUAUUGGGGUUGUCAAGGGAGGGUUUAAUUUUAGCCUGGAGGAUAAGAGGCUGUUGGGUGUUGUGCACGAGGUGAAAGAUGAUGAUAAUAUUAAGCAGGAUUUGAGUAUUGAUGUCUAUGGAAGGAAGAAGAAGGAAGGCCAAGAGGAGAAGAAGGAUGAAGAGUCGCUCAUUUCGUCCCUGUACAAUGUCUGACCAGGGUUUGUUCUUAAACCCCUGUUCAUAGGCCUUUUUAUUGUUGAAAUAUAUCAGAUUCAGAAGAAUCUGAAUUUUGAGUUCAA